AUGUCGACUGCGGAUGAUUCUCCUCUCCGACAAACAAUAUCAGCUGAUCAGUGGCGAGCGGCGGGUUCCUCGGACCAUGAAGUCAUUCUGCAUCACCGCCCAGACCACCACAACCAGCCGAGACCACCACAACCAGCCCAGACCACCACAACCAGCCCAGACCACCCCAACCAGCCACAACCUCAUCCCCAACUCAACCAGCCCAGACCACCACAACCAGCCCAGACCACCACAACCAGCCCAGACCACCACAACCAGCCCAGACCACCCCAACCAGCCACAACCUCACCCCCAACACAACCAGCCCAGACCACCCAAACCAGCCCAGACCACCACAACCAGCCCAGACCACCACAACCAGCCCAGACCACCACAACCAGCCCAGACCACCCCAACCAGCCACAACCUCAUCCCCAACACAACCAGCCCAGACCACCCAAACCAGCCCAGACCACCACAACCAGCCCAGACCACCACAACCAGCCCAGACCACCACAACCAGCCCAGACCACCCCAACCAGCCACAACCUCAUCCCCAACUCAACCAGCCCAGACCACCACAACCAGCCCAGACCACCACAACCAACCCAGACCACCACAACCAGCCCAGAAAACCACAACCAACCCAGACCACCACAACUAGCCCAGACCACCACAACCAGCCCAGACCACCCCAACCAGCCCAGACCACCCCAACCAGCCACAACCUCACCCCCACCACAACCAGCCCAGACCACCCCAACCAGCCACAACCUCACCCCCACCACAACCAGCCCAGACCACCCCAACCAGCCACAACUAGUCGAGACCACCCCAACAAUCCCCACCCCAACCAUCCCCAACUAUCGAGACCACCCCAACCAGCCACAACCUCACCCCCACCACAACCAGCCCAGACCACCCCAACCAGCCACAACCUCACCCCCACCACAACCAGCCCAGACCACCCCAACCAGCCACAACCUCACCUCCAACACAACCAGCCCAGACCACCCCAACCAGCCACAACCUCACCCCCACCACAACCAGCCCAGACCACCCCAACCAGCCACAACCUCACCCCCACCACAACCAGCCCAGACCACCCCAACCAGCCACAACCUCACCUCCAACACAACCAGCCCAGACCACCCCAACCAGCCACAACCUCACCCCCACCACAACCAGCCCAGACCACCCCAACCAGCCACAACCUCACCCCCACCACAACCAGCCCAGACCACCCCAAACAGCCACAACCUCACCCCCACCACAACCAGCCCAGACCACCACAACCAGCCCAGACCACCCCAACCAGCCCAGACCACCACAACCAGCCCAGACCACCCCAACCAGCCACAACCUCACCCCCACCACAACCAGCCCAGACCACCCCAACCAGCCACAACCUCACCCCCACCACAACCAGCCCAGACCACCCCAACCAGCCACAACCUCACCUCCAACACAACCAGCCCAGACCACCCCAACCAGCCACAACCUCACCCCCACCACAACCAGCCCAGACCACCCCAACCAGCCACAACCUCACCCCCACCACAACCAGCCCAGACCACCCCAACCAGCCACAACCUCACCCCCACCACAACCAGCCCAGACCACCCCAACCAGCCCAGACCACCCCAACCAGCCCAGACCACCCCAACCAGCCACAACCUCACCUCCAACACAACCAGCCCAGACCACCCCAACCAGCCACAACCUCACCUCCAACACAACCAGCCCAGACCACCCCAACCAGCCACAACCUCACCCCCACCACAACCAGCCCAGACCACCCCAACCAGCCACAACCUCACCCCCACCACAACCAGCCCAGACCACCCCAACCAGCUACAACCUCACCCCCACCACAACCAGCCCAGACCACCCCAACCAGCCACAACCUCACCCCCACCACAACCAGCCCAGACCACCCCAACCAGCCACAACCUCACCUCCAACACAACCAGCCCAGACCACCCCAACCAGCCACAACUAGUCGAGACCACCCCAACAAUCCCCACCCCAACCAUCCCCAACUAG